UUGAGUGAUCGCUCUCUCUUCUCUUAUUUCGCCAUGGGCAUUGACAUCAAGUACAAGCACCUUAAGAAGAAGGUCCGAACGGAGCCCAAGUCGGAGGAUCUUUACAUCCGCCUGCUCGUCAAGCUCUACCGCUUCCUCGCUCGCCGCACUGACUCGCCCUUCAACAAGGUCGUGCUCAAGCGCCUGUUCCAGAGCCGCAUUCACCGUCCCCCGCUCUCCCUCUCCAAGCUCGUCCGCCUGACCAAGGGCAGCGAGAAGCUGACUGCCGUCGUUGUCGGCACUGUCACUGACGAUGAGCGUCUGCACGUUGUCCCCAAGCUGACCGUCUGCGCCCUCCGCUUCACGGCUGCUGCCCGCGCUCGCAUUCUUAAGGCUGGCGGUGAGACCAUCACCUUCGAUCAGCUUGCUCUUCGCUCGCCCACUGGCAAGAACACCCUCCUCCUCCGCGGCCCCGUCAAGUCCCGCGAGGCGGUCAAGCACUUCGGUGCCGCACCCGGUGUCCCCAAGAGCACCACCAAGCCCUACGUCCGCUCCAAGGGCCGCAAGUUCGAGAAGGCCCGUGGUCGCCGUGCUUCUCGCGGCUACAAGGUGUAAAAGUCAACCAAUUCAGCCGGUCAAAGUUGCACAGCAUCUCUCACGUCAUCUAUCUACGGUUGUUGGUUGUGUUGGCUGUUGCUGCUACUUUGUCCUUUGUUUUGUUUUACACCAAACUGUCCCUGAUUCCUCAACUACAUGGCAAAAUUUUGAAAAUCAACAUCCCUCGGUCCAA